AUGAUUUUUGGCACAAAGCCAGUCUACAGAUUUGCAGUCUACACCAAAAAGAAGCUGCACUGUCUGGGCAAGUCGUAUUCGUUUGAUCAGCCUCCCGUCGAUGUAAAGCAAUGUCCGGUUAAAAUAAUAAACCAAAAGGCAGAAAUCUUCUUUCCUAACACAAUAUUCAAUACUUUUGUCUUAUCUGUUGAAAAUAACGUAACAGUUCUGAAAUCCUACGAUGACAAGCUAACUUUUAUAAAGAAAAAAAUGGAUGAGAACAUUUUAUAUACAGUCAAAACCGUUUUUGAGGACGAAAAGACCAGAGAAGUUGUGGUGUUCGAGUUCGACGACUUUUUUCCUGGGUUUAAAACUAAGGGUACAAUUGAAAUUAAAAACAGCAGGCCAAUAUUUCACUGUAAACACGGGUCGGGACCAAUAACAUUACAAUCUAACGAUCCGAGGAGAGAAACAGAGGCCAUGCUGGCGUCUUUGGAUUCAGAUGGGUUCGAGUUUGUUGAGAUCAAUAAUCCCAUUGAAAGAGCAACUGUUAGGAUUAUUAAGGAUCUUAAUAACCACAAGAUCGUUGAAAAUGGCCAUAUUAAAGGAAUUUUGAUUGAAGCAAAGGACAAAAAGAUCAAUGAAGAAAUUAACGUGUUUGUAAAGAAUGUCUAUCCUGGUUCAUACUGCUUUGUUGAGGAUAUCUCGCCAGGACUUGCAGAGGUUGAGCUGGUUGGGAGAUGUGGAUCGAUAUAUAAAGUUAAGUACAAGCAUUUCGUUGGAGAAUGUAAUGACAGAAAAGUUAAAAAAACGAUGAAGGGUCUGAUAUCUGAUAUAAAGGGCAGCACGUUCAAGUUUAAGCAAGUGGCAAGUGAGGCCUUGGAGAGAACAGCCGACUAUGAAGCCAUUUCAGUUCCCAAAAGGCUCAAGGUAACGGAAGAGUCUGAUGUCAAAAAUAAUCAGCUAAGAGCAGUAGAAUAUAUAAAAUAUAGGCUUGAUACCGCGAUGAGCAAUCAAAGUCAAGAAGACAGCGAAAAUAUUAUAAAGCUAUUCAAAAAGUAUAUUCAACAGAUCAGAGAGAACGAUUCUCUAUCUCUUUUCUACUUACAGUACUUGAUUGAUCAUAAAAUGCUCAAGGAAUCGGAUAUUCGAUAUGUGUUAAAAUAUGCCGGAUAUAAAUUUCCAGGAUUUGCAUCUGAAAGGCUCAGUGAUAUUGAAGCCGUGAGAAUGAUCUUCUCCAAGAAAAAAAAUCUUUCUGGAUUUCAAAAGCUCUUAAAUACUGAAGGGGACAAGUUGCGAUUUAUGAAAGAAAACCCUGAGUUUCUUGAGUAUUCAAUAAAAUAUGCAUAUGAGAACUUAGACACGCCAAGAAUCGUGGUAGAGAAUAUCAUUGGUACAUCAUUUGAAAGCUGGAUGUGUUAUGCUAGCCUUGAGAAUGGAAACUACAAAAGGAAUUUAUUUAGAAGAAUGGCAGGCAUGGCUUUCAAAAAGAACGAAAUGAAGAGGCUAUUUAAGGCUUGGCUAGAAUUUGAAGAAACGGUUGGAGGAAACAUUGAAGAAGUACAUUCACUGGCCAAUCAAUUUGUUCAAAAUGCUAAGAAUGCGUCUAAAUAA